AUGGAUGUAUCAAAUUACGAGUACUUAAGAUCCUAUGGUAUUAAUAACGAACUGAAGAGAAAAAGAACGCACAAGAAGAUCAUAAUAUAUCACAUAGUAGAUAUCAUAAUAUUUUUCUUGUUGUUAUUUAGUUGUUACAAUUUUAAUUUUCAAUUAUGUUAUAAAUACGAAAAAUCGAUAUUUUAUAAUUUUUUUAAAUCAUCAGUUGAUUUAUUUUUGUUGAAUGUAAUAAGAAUAGUAUACACCAUAAUUUUAUUUAGAUUACAUAGAAGGAUAACAGAAUUAAAUGCAUUAGGAAAGGUGUAUGUAAUAUCUAGACAUAUAACAGGUAUAUUAGCAAUAUUGAAUGUAAUUAAAAUGAUAAAUUAUAGUUAUAUAGUCAAAUCAGAGAAUCCUGUUUAUAAUACAGAUAUGUAUUUAAUAACGUUAAAAGUGUUAUUUAUGGUAUAUAGUAUUUUUUCAUCAAUAUAUUAUUAUUUCACACAAUUUAAAUUAUAUAACAUAAAGAAGAAAUAUAUAAUAGCUCGAGUUGAAUUAGAAAAAAUAUUAAUAAAUGAUAUAAAAUCAAAGAAAUAUAACAUAUACAAAUCUGAUGAAAACAGUGGUAUAUUAGGAACAGAUAAUAAUAGUACUAUAAUGAAUAAUGAAUAUUUAAAUCUUGAUUAUAAAAAUUUAUUAGAUAUGAAUAUAUCUUAUAACAAAUUAAAUGAAAAAAUAAAUAAUGAUAUUAUAAAAAAUACUUCUGAUGAUCAGGAGAAAAAUAUGGAUUAUCAUAAUAUUAAUAAUUUUCAGAUAAAGAAAAAAUCCUCUAAUUUUCCUUAUUUAAAUUUUUUUCAUAAACAAAGUAAAGAUAAUAAAAUUGAUGUAAAAGAAACAUUUUUAAAUAAAACGUAUAGUAGUAAACGUAGUAGUAAAGUGGAUGAUAGUAGUAGUAGUAAUAAUAAUAAUAAUAAUAUAAACUCCAAAAUUAAUUAUUUAGAAAAUAAUAUAACAUAUGCAGAAUUUAAAAAAAUACUUGUUCCAUAUUUGUGGCCAAGUAAAAGAAUAGAUAUGAAAGGAAAUAGUUCUAUAUUACGUACAUAUAUUGUUUUAAUAUUUUUAUUUAUAUUAUUAUCAAAAAUAUUUAGUGUAAUUUCUCCUAUAUAUUUAGGUUGGGCAUCAAAUGAAGUAUUAAAAAAAAGUUUAUCAACUUCAAUAUAUUAUUUAGGUUUAUAUGUAAUAUUUUUUUUUAUAUCAAAAUUUUUAAAAGAAGUAUGUGGUGUUUUAUAUUCACAAGUACAACAAUCAGCAUUUAUAGAAUUACAAGAAUCUAUAUUUCAAACAUUUCAUAAUUUAUCAUAUGAAUGGUAUUCUAGUAAAAAUUCAGGUGGUAUUAUGAGAAUAGUUGAUAGGGGUACUGAGAGUGCUAAUAAUUUGAUGAGUUCUGUAUUAAUGUAUAUUAUUCCAGCAACAAUAGAAGGAAUAAUAACAUGUAUUAUAUUUAUUUUUAAAUAUAAAAAUAGUUUAUUAGGUAGUGUAUUAUUUAUAGGUUUAACUUUAUAUAUAUAUUCAACUAUAAAAAUAACUAAAUGGAGAAAAAAAAUAAGAACAAAAGCAAAUGAAAUGGAUAAUGUAUAUCAUGAUAUAGCACAUGAUUCAUUAACAAAUUAUGAAAAUGUAAAAUAUUUUAGUAAUGAAAAAUUUGAAAUUAAAAAAUUUUGUAAUGCUUUAUCAAAUUAUCAUAGAUAUAAUUUAAAAAUAUUAAAUAGUUUAGGUAUUUUAAAUACUGUUCAACAAUUUAUAUUGAAUGGUACAUUAUUCUUUACUUUAUUAUGUGUAAUAUAUAUGAUAGUUAAAGAAGGAUCAGAUCCUGGUGUAUUCAUAAGUGUUGUUGUAUAUACAUCUAAUGUAUUUCAACCUUUAAGUAUAUUAGGAACAUUAUAUGCAACUAUAAUUAAAUCAUUUACUGAUAUAAGUGAUUUAAUAGAUAUUCUAAGAGAUAAAAUUGAUAUAUCAAAUGAUCAAAAUUUGAAAAAGUUUGAAUUAACAUCACAAGAAAAAAAAUUUGGUGUUAGUAUUGAAUUUAAUAAUGUAUAUUUUAAUUAUCCAACACAACCAUUAAAUACAUCAUUAAAAGAUAUUAAUAUUUAUAUAAAACCAGGUACUACAUGUGCUCUUGUUGGUCAUACAGGAUCAGGAAAAACAACCAUUUCAAAAUUAUUAUAUCGAUUCUAUGAUUCUAAAGGAGAAAUAAAAAUAGGAGGACGUAAUAUUAAUGAAUAUACUAGAAACUCUAUUAGAAAUAUUAUAGGUAUAGUACCACAAGAUACCAUUUUAUUUAAUGAAUCUAUAAAAUAUAAUAUUUUAUAUGGAAAACUAGAUGCUACUGAAGAAGAAUUAACACAAGCUGUCAAAUCUGCUCAAUUAUAUGAUUUUAUACAAUCACUUCCAAAAAAAUGGGAUACCUUAGUUGGUGAUAAAGGAGUCAAAUUGUCAGGAGGAGAACGACAAAGAAUAUCUAUAGCUAGAUGUUUAUUAAAAGAUCCUAAAAUUGUUAUAUUUGAUGAAGCAACCAGUUCUUUAGAUUCAAGAACAGAAUUUCUUUUUCAAAAAGCUGUAGAAGAUCUAAGAAAAAAUAGAACCAUUAUUAUUAUAGCACAUAAAUUAUGUACUAUCACAACUGCUGAAUUAAUCAUUCUAUUGAAUAAAGGAAAAAUUAUAGAAAGAGGAACACAUCUAGAUUUAUUAAAAUGUAAUGGGGAAUACACAGAAAUGUGGAAUAUGCAAUCAAAGUCAAAUGAACCAUAUAAUGAAACAAGUUCUUCAACUGAUAAAGACCAAGAUAAUAAAAAAAAUAAUGAUAUUAUACUUAAUACAUCUAAAAAUAUUAACACCACAAAUUUUAAGUCAGACAGUGAAGAAAAUAGUCAACAACUUAGUGACGCAAAUAAUCAUUUUAAUCAAUCAAAAACUAAUGAUCACAAUAAUAAUAUUAAUUUAGACAAAAAAAAAGAAGAAUCACAAUUUAUUAUUACAAAGGAUAACACACAUAUGGAUGAUCAUAAUAUUAAUGAAAAAAAAUAG